CUAAUUUCCGAAAAAUAUCGCUUAGAUUUGUAGCAGCAGCAAGGUUCUCCUGCCGUGUCAGCAACCACGAAACGACGACGCAGCAGUCUCUCACUCUCUUCCUUCGGCGAUGGCUUCGAAUUCGAAAGGCUCAACUCCUCCGUAUGCAAGUGCUGCAAGAAUCUCUGAUUCUCCCUGUUUUCCUCAAUAUACUGCUUCUCUCAAAUGUCUAGAAGAAUUUAGUUCUAAUAAGAGUAAAUGUCAAGAACAUUUUGAUGUUUACAAGGAGUGCAAGAAAAAGGAGAGGGAAGCUCGAUUGGAACGUAACAAAAACCGAUCCUUCUUCUCGUGAAGUUUUUUCCUGGAUUGUUUUUAUUGUAUCAUAGGAAAUGAAGUAGAGAGUUUACUAGAUUGCUGGUUCAUCUCUUAUGAAGCUAUGACAAGAAAGCUGUUUCAAUAAAUUUGUAUAUUGGUAUUUACGGCACAUUUUUAGGUUUAAAUAAAUUUCUUAUUUAGUUAAUCUGAGACCAUUUAAUAUAUAUUCCUUUUAUGUUUC